CAUUAACCAUUUUACUGGUCGGUUUGGGCCUGGUUUUGGCCGGCACACGACCGAUUUCCGAUUGCGGUGAGCGCAUUGAGGAUGAUGGCUAUCCGAUGGAGCGUCAUGUGGUGACCACCACGGAUAACUACAUCCUGACCAUGCACCGCAUCCCCUAUUCCCCCAAAACUGGUGACACUCCCGAUCGUCCGGUGGCCUUCCUCAUGCACGGAAUGCUGAGUUCAUCCUCGGAUUGGGUGCUCAUGGGUCCGGAGAGAUCCCUGGCCUACAUGUUGGCCGACGCUGGCUACGAUGUCUGGAUGGGAAAUGCCCGAGGCAACACCUACUCCAAGGCGCACAAGUACUGGCCCACUUAUUGGCAGAUCUUCUGGAACUUCAGUUGGAACGAGAUUGGCAUAUAUGACCUGCCCGCCAUGAUUGAUUAUGUUCUGGAGAAGACUGGCCAGAAGCAGGUGCAAUAUGUGGGCCACUCGCAGGGAACCACAGUUUAUUUGGUGAUGGUUUCCGAGAAACCUGAGUAUAAUAACAAGAUUAAGUCAGCUCACCUGCUGGGACCCGCUGCCUACAUGGGCAACAUGAAGAGCCCAAUGACCCGUGCCUUUGCCCCGAUCUUGGGUCAGCCCAAUGCCAUUGUGGAGCUCUGUGGUUCCAUGGAGUUCAUGCCCAGCAGCAAGUUCAAGCAGGACAUGGGCAUCGAGAUGUGCCAGGCCACUUCCCCGUAUGCAGAUAUGUGCGCCAAUGAGAUCUUCCUGAUUGGUGGAUACGAUUCCGAACAACUCGACUAUGCCCUUCUUGAACAUAUCAAAGCCACUUCCCCGGCUGGCGCUUCCGUUAACCAAAACUUGCACUUCUGCCAGGAAUUCAAUUCCGGCAAGUUCCGUAAAUUCGACUACACAGCUCUCCGGAAUCCCUACGAGUACGGCAGCUAUUUCCCCCCGGAAUACAAGCUUAGUAAUGCCAAGGCCCCUGUUCUAUUGUACUACGGAGCAAAUGAUUGGAUGUGUGAUGUGAGCGAUGUGCGAAAACUGAGGGAUAAUCUACCCAACAUGGCACUCGAUUAUCUGGUGCCCUUCGAGAAGUGGGCUCAUCUGGAUUUCAUUUGGGGAACUGAGGCCAGGAAGUAUGUCUACGACGAGGUCCUAAAGCAAAUGCGGUCCUACGAAUAGGUUUAUUUUCUCACGCAAUAAAUGGAACAUUAAGAAAA